GCCCACGCGCGGCCACGCUUCCGUCAGGCCAAGGCCCCGCCGAGGGUUUCCCUCCUCAGGGAAGCCCGGCGGGAGGCCCGGGGCCCGAGGCGAGAAGCGGAGGAGGAGGAAGGGGAAGGCCAAGGGGGAAGCGGAAAGGCAUGGCCGCCCGCCGAAGCCCAAGGGCGCACGCGCCAGAACCGCACCGACGAGGGGACGUCACUUCCGGGUCCCUUUGGCCUCCCCCCCCCUUUUCUCCAGAGGAGCCACACCCGGCGAGAAAGGACAGACUUCCUAAAAAAAACCAAUCGCAGAGAGAUAAAAUAAUUUAAAAAAAUAAUAUUUCAAUCCAGAUGAGUGCGCAAUGCGACUCCAUUUCCCAGCAGGCAGUGGGGGUCAGGGCCGGAAGUAGGCUCCGUGUUUCCGGUCUGGGCCGGAAGCGGCCUAGCUUGGUCCUCUGGCUUCCUCUCCCUCCCCGGGAAGCGGCCCGGGCCUGCCUUCGAGGAAGGAAAGAAGGGCGCCAUGGAGGAGAACGACUGGCGGAGCAGCAACUUCCGGCAGAAGCUGGUCAGCCAGAUAGAGGAGGCCAUGCGCAAGGCGGGCGUGGCGCACAACAAGUCCAGCAAAGACAUGGAGAACCACGUCUUCAUGAAGGCCAAGACCAGGGAGGAGUACCUCUCCCUGGUGGCCCGACUCAUCAUCCACUUCCGGGACAUCCACAAUAAGAAGUCCAUGGCCUCGGCUGCAGCUGCUGACCCCAUGAACGCCCUCCAGACCCUGACGGGAGGCGGACCCCCGGCCGGAGGAGGCGGUGGCGGAGGAGGGGGGGCCGGUGGCGGAGGGCCGGCGGCGUCGUCCUCCUCCUCCUCGAUGGGGCUGGGGCCCCGCCCCCCGCCUCAAGGGGCCCCCAUGGGGGGGAUGGCCGGCCUCCCCUUGGCACAGCAGAUGGGGCCCCUGCCCGGACAGCAGCCGCCCCCGGGCCCCGGCGCCAACCCCAUGGGGCCCCACGGCAUCCCCGGCAUCGGCCCUCCCUCCGGGCAGCCAACCCAGCUCCAGCUGCAGCAAAUGGCGCAACAGCAGCAGCAGCAGCAGCAACAGGUGGCCGCCGCGGCCUUGCAGCAGCAGCAGCAGCAGCAGGCGCAGCAACAGUUCCAGCAGGCGCAGCAGAACGCGCUGCAGCAGCAGUUCCAGGCGCAGCAGCAGCAGCAGGCCGCCGCAGCCGCCGCCGUGGCCGCCCAACAGCAGCAGCAGGCGCAGCAACAGCAGCAGCAGAUGCAGGCGGUGCAGCAGCAGCAGCACAUGCUGAAGAUGCAGCUGCACCAGCAGAGCCAGCAGCAGAUGCAGCAACAGCAGCAGCAGCAGCUCCAGCGCAUUGCCCAGAUGCAGCAGCAGCUCCAGCAGCAGGCCGCCCAAGUGCAACAACAACAGCAGCAGCAACAACAGCAGCAACAACAGCAGCCUCCUCCUCCGGCCUCUGCCCAGCAGGUCAUGCAGCAGCAGAUCCAGCAGAUGCAGCAGCAGCAGCAGCAACAACAGCAGCAGCAGCAGCAGCAGCAACAAGUGUCGGCCGCGCAGGCCUCCCAGAUCCCCCCGCAGCCCAUGGUCUCGCAGGCCCAGACCCUUCCUGGCCAGAUCCCCGGACAGGUCAUGCCCGUGGCCCUGACCCCGCAGCAACUCAAGGCCAUGCAGGCCAGAGCCCUCCAGCAGCAACAGCAACAGCAGCAGCAGCAGGCGGCCGUGGCGGCCCAGGCGGCCCAAAUGGGGGCCUCCAACCAGAUGAUGACCGCCGCGAUGGCCAGGGGCGGGAUGCAGAUCCGCCCGCGCUUCCCUCCGGCCGCCGCCGUCUCGGCCCCCCCGCCCCCCAGCGCCAUGCAGAUGCCGCCACAGGUCGCCAUGAUGUCUUCCCCGUCGCCCGUCCAGCAGCAGGCCGCCCAGACCCCGCAGCCCCCGCCCAUGCCCCCGCCCCCCCCACAGCCCUCGCCGCAGCCCACCUCCCAGCCCAACUCCAACGUCAGCUCGGGCCCCGCUCCGUCCCCCGGAGGCUUCCUGCCCAGCCCUUCCCCACAGCCCUCUUCGCAGAGCCCGGCGGCCGCACGGACCCCCCAGACCUUCAGCGUCCCUUCGCCGGGACCCCUCAACACCCCCGGCAAUCCCAGCUCCGUCAUGAGUCCGGCCAGUUCCAGCCAGUCUGAGGAGCAGCAGUACCUGGAGAAGCUCAAGCAGCUCUCCAAGUACAUCGACCCCUUGCGGAGGAUGAUCAACAAGAUCGACAAGAACGAAGACCGGAAGAAAGAUUUGAGCAAAAUGAAGAGCUUGCUGGAUAUCCUGACAGACCCUUCCAAACGGUGUCCUCUGAAGACCCUGCAGAAGUGCGAGAUCGCUCUGGAGAAGCUCAAGGAUGACAUGGGGGCAGUAAGAGCCCCGACCCCUCCGCCGCCGGUGGUCCCUCCGACGAAGCAGCAAUACCUCUGCCAGCCGCUCCUGGACGCGGUGUUGGCGAACAUCCGCUCGCCCGUCUUCAACCAUUCCCUCUACCGCACCUUCAUGCCGGCCAUGACGGCCAUUCACGGCCCUUCCAUUGUGGCCCCGGUGCCGCCUCCCCGGAAGCGGAAGUUCGAGGAGGACGACCGGCAGACCAUCCCCAACGUCCUGCAGGGGGAGGUGGCCCGGCUCAACCCCAAGUUCCUGGUCAACCUGGACCCCGCCCACUGCAGCAACAACGGCACCGUCCACCUCAUCUGCAAGAUAGACGACAAGAACCUUCCCAACGUGCCUCCGCUGCAGCUGAGCGUCCCGGCCGACUAUCCCGAGCAGAGUCCGCUGUGGGUCGACAACCGCCAGCAGUACGAGGCCAACCCUUUCCUGCAGUCGGUCCACCGCGCCAUGAUGUCCAAGCUGCUCCAGCUGCCGGACAAGCAUUCGGUGACGGCUCUGCUCCAGACCUGGGCCCAGAGCAUCCGCCAGGCCUCCCUCUCCGCCGCCUGAACACCCGCCCCCACCAGACCCCACCCCCACGCCUUCCCUUCCACAAGGACACGGCCUGCCACAGACUUCCAGAGACUUCUGCCGUUCACAACUCACCCAGAGAUGCUCCCACCUUUUUUUCUCGUCCGAUUCUAUAUUUUUUGCUAUUUUUUCUCCCCUAUUUUAUUUUUUUAAUUUAAAUAUUUUUAUUUUAUUUUUAAAUUGAAGUAUUUCCCCCAGUUAUUUUUCAGACUCCCUUUUCCCCCAUUUAAAUAUUUUCCCAUUAUUAUUUUAUUUUAAAAAUCAAAUCUAUAUUGGAAACAGGAUGGCGAUGGGAGAUAAUUGACGUUUCAGGUGUUUUUCGUUUUCUGAUAUUAUAAAAAUAAAAAGAAACUUAUUGUA